ACUUAGCGCUGCCUAGCCCCGCGAAUCUGUCCGCGGGGUGCUGAUGGCUGGAAGCAUCCUGGGAAAAUCUUUAGCCACCUUGUCUCUCUCUGUGGCCCUGGCCUCUGUGAGUGUCAGGUCCUUGGGCUGCGGCAGCAUCCCAGCAUACAGGAACUCAUUUUUAUCCUGUUGGUUUCAUUUUAAUUCUGUCAUCAUGUCUAAUUCUAAUGAUGCCAAAGAGAAUUCCCACAACAAGGCUCGGACAUCUCCUUACCCAGGUUCAAAAGUUGAACGAAGCCAGGUUCCUAAUGAGAAAGUAGCCUGGCUGGUUGAGUGGCAAGAGUAUAACCCUGUGGAGUAUACCGCAGUCUCCGUCUUGGCUGGACCCAGCUGGGCAGAUCCUCAGAUCAGUGAAAGUAACUUUUCUCCCAAGUUUAAUGAGAAGGAUGGACACGUUGAGAGAAAGAGCAAGAAUGGCUUGUAUGAAAUUAAGAAUGGAAGACCUCGAAAUCCUGCAGGACGGACAGGACUGGUUGGACGGGGGCUUUUGGGGCGAUGGGGCCCAAAUCAUGCUGCAGAUCCCAUCAUAACCAGGUGGAAAAGGGAUAGUAGUGGAAAUAAAAUUACCCACCCUGUUUCUGGAAGAAACAUUUUACAGUUUGUUGCAAUAAAAAGGAAGGACUGUGGAGAGUGGGCAAUCCCUGGGGGCAUGGUGGAUCCAGGAGAGAAGAUUAGUGCUACACUGAAAAGAGAAUUUGGUGAGGAAGCUCUCAACUCUUUACAGAAGUCCAAUGCUGAAAAGAGAGAAAUAGAGAAACAAUUGCACAAACUCUUUAGCCAAGAACAUCUAGUGAAACCACAUAAGUGUUUUAAAAAAUGUGAGGUAAUGGAUAAUCUUACUCUAGAAGCUGGAGAUGAUGCUGGAAAAGUGAAGUGGGUAGACAUCAGUGCUAAACUCAAGCUUUAUGCCAGUCACUCUCAAUUCAUCAAACUUGUAGCAGAGAAACGAGAAGCACACUGGAGUGAAGACUCGGACUCUGGCUGCCCUAGGUUGUAG